GAGGUUGGAGGUGCUGCUCACUGCACAGCUUGUUGUUGUGGAAAGUUCAUUUUUAGAACAUUAAAGAUCAUAAGAUCAUUAAAGAUUCAGUCAUAAUGGCCGGUCUGAAGUACCUGAGUGGCUUUGACAAUGAGUUUGCCUCAGAGGAUCCUCGCUGUCCUGGGUCCCUCCCUGAAGGCCAGAACUCUCCUCAAGUGUGUCCAUAUGGCCUGUAUGCUGAGCAGCUCUCUGGUUCUGCCUUUACUUGCCCACGAGGGAGCAAUAAAAGAAGUUGGCUGUACCGGAUACUACCAUCUGUCAGACACAAACCCUUCACUCCCAUUAACAGUGGAAAUCUAACUGAGAACUGGAAUGAAAUGGAGCCUGAUCCCAACCAGCUUCGAUGGUUGCCAUUUACCAUUACCAAAUCCUCAGCGAAGAAAGUGGACUUUGUAGAUGGUCUGCAUACUGUCUGUGGUGCAGGGGAUUCAAAAUCCCGUAAUGGGGUGGCCAUCCAUGUGUACACCUGCAACGUCUCUAUGGUUAAUCGAUGCUUCCAGAACUCAGAUGGAGAUUUCCUUAUUGUGCCACAACAAGGUGAAAUCCUGAUCACCACAGAGUUUGGAAAGAUGCUGGUUAAGCCCAAUGAGAUCUGUGUCAUUCAGCAAGGAAUGCGCUUUAGCGUGGAUGUGUUCGGCGAGACAAGGGGCUACAUCCUUGAGAUAUAUGGUGCUCACUUUGAGCUGCCAGACCUUGGACCCAUAGGAGCUAAUGGACUAGCUAAUCCCAGAGAUUUCUUGACUCCAGUGGCUUGGUUCGAAGAUCGCACUGUUGCCAGUGGUUAUACCGUCAUCAACAAGUACCAGGGGAAGCUCUUCUCAUGUCAGCAGGACCAUUCACCAUUUGAUGUGGUGGCGUGGCAUGGAAACUACACCCCAUACAAGUACGACCUUGAGAAGUUCAUGGUUAUCAACUGCGUUGCGUUCGACCAUGCAGAUCCCUCCAUCUUCACUGUACUGACUGCCAAAACCACCCGGCCUGGUGUCGCCAUCGCCGACUUCGUCGUCUUCCCUCCUCGCUGGGGGGUCGCUGACCGCACUUUCCGACCCCCUUACUAUCACAGGAACUGUAUGAGUGAAUUCAUGGGCUUGAUCACGGGGCACUAUGAGGCGAAGGAAGAGGGUUUCCAGCCUGGAGGAGGCAGCCUGCACAGCAUGAUGACCCCGCACGGACCCGAUGCCGACUGCUUCGAGAAGAACAGCACGGCCGUGCUCAAACCCGAGAGAGUCGCCGAGGGAACUAUGGCCUUCAUGUUCGAGUCCUCCUUCAGCAUGGCGGUCACCAAGUGGGGUCUGGAGACAUGCCAGCGUCUGGACAAGAACUACUACCAGUGCUGGGAACCUCUCAAGAAACAUUUCAACCCAAACUGGAAACCUGGCAGCAAGUAGAAAAAGCUGCAGUUUGUGUCCACUAGAUGAGAAUAUGCAACAUCAGAGUGGAAUAAGUUUGAUGGUAUAAACACAAUGUAUCCGGUUUUACGCUGCAGUUUAGACACUCCUGGUCGAAUGUCAUGAUUUGGUUUUACAUUUAUAGCACAGAUGCUGAAUUAAACAAAAAUGUGUGAUAAAGCUAAUGGCUUGUUAUAAUAUUGUGAAAAAUGUUACCAUAUUUUCAUUGCUUACCAACAAAACAUGAGGUUUGACCAGGAUUGUCCAAACUGCUUCAGAACUGUAGCUUCUAUUUCUAAAUAAAGAAAAAUGUAACGCUUAGCUAUAGUGAACUAUAAAGAAUAAAAAUGAUUAAUAAAGAGCUCAAACCUGCAGUCGGAUGUCCUUCAAUAAAGGGAAUUUAUUAUUAGUUACAAGUAAAUUUAAUAUUAAAGUAAUAAUACAAGCGAGUGCUCAGUAUGAAAGUCUGUAGGGGCGCUGGUAAGUUCCAUCUUUUAUCUGCUGCUCCCUCUUGUCCUGAAAUUACAGUGAAAGGCAUUAUCAUCAUUAACGUCUACUGUUCAUUAUGAUGUAACUGAGGCCGUUUUCAUUUUGUCCUUCACACAACUAGCAAAAAAUUCUGUCUCAUUUCUACUUAUUUGCAAUCAUGUAAAAGCAGAUACAAGUUAAUAAAGGAUCUAGAUGAAUGUU